UUCCGGUUGUCAGCUGAUAAACUCCCAUUGCUUUCCAAAACCUAUUUCGAUUUUCGCUAAAGAAAACGUCAGGCACCAUUCAACAUGGGCUUGAAAUACGCGAUCAAAAGCUAGUUGUAGCUGAAAUAUUGCUCUAAUUGUAGUGUUAUUGUUAUUAUAGUUUCCUUUUACAUGUACGUUGUGUAACUUUAUUAGUUGAAAAUGGAUACGUUUAUCGUAGGAAACCUCGGUUAUGGCGUUUGUUGAUCAUUAAAAAAUUUGGUUCGGUUCAUAGUUUUCUUUGUAAUCGAUGUCAGCUUUUGGUUUGUGAUCGUCUGUUUCGUUCGUGUUUACGUGUAUAGUUAAGAUGGUGAAGGAGAAGCCUAAUUCUAUUCGGAUUUACGACGACGAGGGGUUCAGACGCCGCGCGGCAUGUAUAUGUGUACGAUCGGACGCCGAAUCUGAGGUGUUGCUGGUGACGUCGUCGCGGCGGCCCGACAACUGGAUCGUGCCGGGCGGCGGCGUGGAGCCCGAGGAGGAGCCCUCGGUGACGGCCAUGCGCGAGGUUCUGGAGGAGGCCGGGGUCAUCGGCAAGCUGGGACGGUGUCUCGGAGUUUUUGAGAACCGCGAGCACAAACACAGGACAGAGGUGUACGUGAUGACGGUGACGCAGGAAUUGGCCGAGUGGGAGGACUCGCGGCUCAUGGGCCGCAAGCGCCAGUGGUUCACCGUGGACGACGCGCUGGCCCAGCUUGCCCUGCACAAGCCCAUCCAGCGCCACUACCUACAGCAGCUUCGCCGCUCCCGACAGAAGCCCGACGACCCAGGCAGCUAGACGCCGCGCCCGGGGCCGGACNGGCCGGAGGACCGCCGGUUCAGGUCUUCAGAAACGAAUCUGGGACGACACGGCGUUCUGUUGAUCCGACCUUUCCAAACCACGAAACGAAUAAGGAUAAAUGAAAUAUUUUGAAAUCGAAACAAGCCCGGGACGCUCGACAGCCGGCCCCGGCCCCUCCUCCGCAGGAUCUAUCUGCCUUCGCUGACGCGUACCGUAACAUCUCUUUUUUUCUACUUUUACGUAUAUUUUUAUACUACGAUGGAAUAAAUGUUAAUUUUAUUUUGUUAGCAUUAAAACGAAAAGACAUACGA